AUGGCCCUGAGAGAGCAGACCAUAGCAGAGAAUCUUCAGCGAUCAGAUGAUCACUACUUCAAGUACAAUAAAAGCUUCAACAAGCUGUUUCCAGAGAUUCCUGUGUGGGACAGCCUGGCACACGCUUUCACGUGUUCCCUGCAGAAGGAAGUGCUGUAUCACGGAAAACUCUUUGUUUCUCAGAACCAUGUGUGUUUCUACUCAUCUGUGCUGCUCAAAGACACUAAGGUGGUGAUUCCUGUUUCCAGCAUAAAGGAUGUGAAGAAACAUGGCUCAGCCCUGUCGAUGCUUUCUAUACAAACAGCUGAAGAGAAGUACUCGUUUGUGUCUUUGAGGAACCGUGAGAAGUGUUACAAAAUCCUCCAAAGUGUGUGCUCAUAUGCGCAGGCGGAGGCUGUAAACAGCAGCCUUCAUCUGGCCGUUGCAGAGAACGAAGCUCACAAUCCGCAAUUCUCCAGUUUUUCCAGUUUGGACGACCGUGUAGAUUUUCCAAGCAGUGACUCUCUUGAUACCAGCUUUCUUCAGACGUCCAGUGAAGGCCCCAGCACAGACAACUCCACUCGUCAAAACAGCGUAAUAGAUGAAGAAGACAGAGCUGGACUGUGGAUUUGGAGGUUCAUUGCACAACUGCCAGAAAUUAAGACUCUCAGUGUUGUCUUCCACAUCUACAUGGUGUUGCUGGUGUUGCUCCUGUUGGUGUCCGGAUACAUCGGGCUAAGGAUUUUAGCGCUGCAGGAGCAGCUGAACUCUUUGGGAGCUUUGACUGACUGGUCUUCACAUCACAGAGAGUACCAGGAAACAUAGCUGUUGGCUGAG